AUGAGCGCACGCGGCGAAGGCGCCGGGCAGCCGUCCACUUCAGCCCAGGGACAACCUGCCGCUCCGGCGCCGCAGAAGAGAGGACGCGGCCGACCCAGGAAGCAGCAGCAAGAACCAACGGGCGAGCCCUCUCCUAAGAGACCCAGAGGAAGACCCAAAGGCAGCAAAAACAAGAGUCCCUCCAAAGCAGCUCAAAAGAAAGCGGAAGCCACUGGAGAAAAACGGCCAAGAGGCAGACCUAGAAAAUGGUCAGACAGUGGCAUCAUGGAAGUGUGCCAACCCUUUAAGGACACAGAUCUUGUAUCUUUUUGA